GCCAGCGAAAUCCACCCCAAUCUCCCCUCCACUCGUUUUCUUCCAGGGCUCCUCAGGACCUUCUCUCUUGGAGGGACAGAGUAGGAGACCCAACCCACUCCCAAACCCAAACCGGGAAGGCGAGCAAGCAAACAAACAUCUUUAGCAAUUAUUACUAUAUUAGGAGGGCCAGUGGGUGGUCCUCCCCACCCCAUCUCUCCACUCUAUGGAAACCCACAGGGAGAUUCUCGCUUGCAGAAGUCUGGAUUAUUGCUAGGACAAGAGGUGCCUCCAGUCUUCAGGGAGCCUUCAUCCUUGCCUCCAUCUUGACCUCCUUCCCAGAAUCUUCCCUACCCCCCCCAAGCUGGUCUCUGCUAUUGCCAAGGAUACCCCCCUGGUAACAUGUCCCUCCUAUUUGCCCUUGGCUCGCGGGAAGUUGAGUCAGCUGGCCCCAGGGACUAGGGAUGCUAAUCACCGGACACCAGCAGUGAGCACUCUCUCCCUCCCCCUUUUCUCGUGUGGCAGGACCCUCCCUUCCCCCCUCUCCCACCCUCAGCCAGAAAGGGGCCCAGGCCGGCCGCCCUCAGGAGAGAGACCUCACAGGCCUGAGCCAGGCCUGAGCCCAGCCUCGCCAUGGCCGGCAUCCUGUCUGGCAAACGCUCGAAGAAGAAGAACGUGCAGACUGCACCAAUGACUGAGGAAAUGGAGAAGUAUUUUGGCUGUACCCUGUGGGAGAUGAGGAAGCUUAUGGAAUGUCGUUCCCAGGAGGCUGUGCUUCACCUCCAACAAAAGUUCAGAGGGGUGAUCCACCUCUGCAAGCUGCUGAAGACCUCUCCCGUGGAAGGACUAUCUGGGGACCCUAUCGAUCUGGAGAGACGCAGGCUGGUAUUUGGAAAAAACUUCAUCCCCCCUAAAAAGGCCAAGACUUUUUUGGAGUUGGUGUGGGAGGCUCUACAAGAUGUCACGCUCAUCAUCCUGGAGGUGGCAGCAAUUGUCUCUUUGGGUCUGUCCUUCUACCGGCCUCCUGGUGAAGAAAACGCGGAGUGUCAGCAAAACGCACCUACUGUAACAGAGGAAUCGGAAGCAGACACAGGAUGGAUCGAAGGGGCAGCUAUCUUAUUCUCCGUCACCAUUGUGGUGCUGGUGACGGCCUUCAAUGACUGGAGCAAGGAGAAGCAGUUCCGGGGCCUACAGAACCGCAUUGAGCAGGAACAGAAGUUUUCUAUUAUCCGUAACGGCCAGAUCAUCCAGCUGCCAGUGGUAGAGAUCGUGGUGGGAGAUAUUGCCCAGAUCAAAUAUGGUGACCUGUUGCCUGCAGACGGCGUCCUGAUCCAAGGAAAUGAUCUGAAAAUUGAUGAGAGCUCCCUGACUGGAGAAUCUAAGCUUGUCAAGAAGACUUUGGCGUCUGAUCCCUUGCUUCUUUCGGGGACUCAUGUGAUGGAGGGAUCUGGCCGGAUAGUAGUGACUGCAGUGGGUGAGCAUUCCCAAACUGGAAUCAUUUUCACCCUUUUGGGAGCAUCAGGAAGUGAUGAACAGCAGCCAGCAAAAAAUGGUAAACAAGGAUCCGCUGAAAGUAGCAAAAAAGCUAAAACUGAAGAUGGUGAGUCUGUAGAAAUCCAGCCCUUGAAGAUCCCAGAAGGGGUAGAGGAAGAAGAGAAGAAGAAGAGGAAGGGGCCCAAAGAAAAGUCAGUGCUGCAAGGCAAACUGACCCGCUUGGCUGUUCAGAUUGGGAAAGCGGGUCUUUUCAUGUCGAUUCUCACCGUUCUCGUCUUGGUAAUAUCCUUUUUGAUCAAUACGUUUGUGCUGGAAGGUCAGAGCUGGACGACAACAUGUACUCCCAUCUACAUCCAGUACUUUGUCAAGUUCUUCAUCAUUGGGAUCACUGUGCUUGUGGUGGCUGUACCAGAAGGGUUGCCUUUGGCUGUCACCAUCUCACUGGCCUAUUCUGUCAAGAAAAUGAUGAAGGAUAAUAACCUCGUGCGUCAUCUGGAUGCCUGUGAGACUAUGGGGAAUGCAACGGCCAUCUGCUCAGACAAGACGGGCACACUGACCUUGAACCGUAUGACUGUGGUGCAGGCUUUUAUAGGGGAUGUUUAUUACAAGACUAUCCCCAAACCAGAGGACAUUGCACCCAAUAUCCUGGAACUCAUUGUCAAUAACAUCUCCAUCAACAGCGCCUACACAUCUAAGAUCUUGCCACCAGAGAAGGAAGGAGGGCUUCCUCGGCAGGUGGGCAACAAGACAGAAUGUGGCUUACUGGGCUUCGUCCAAGACCUUAAACAAGACUACCAGGCAAUAAGGAAUGAGGUGCCAGAGGAGAAACUCUACAAAGUCUAUACCUUCAAUUCAGCACGCAAAUCAAUGAGCACAGUCAUCAAGAUGCCAGAUGGCACUUUUCGAAUGUACAGCAAGGGGGCCUCAGAGAUGAUCCUGAAAAAGUGCUUCUGGAUCCUGGACAAGUACGGGGUCUCACAGCCAUUCAAGCCCAAGGAGCGUGAAAGUAUGGCCCGCCUCGUGAUUGAGAAGAUGGCCUGCGAAGGGCUUCGGACCAUCUGUCUCGCUUACCGGGACUUUAAACAGGAGCCGAACUGGGAUAAAGAAAAUGACAUCCUCGCUCAACUGACUUGCAUUGCUGUGGUUGGCAUUGAAGAUCCUGUGCGCCCAGAAGUGCCUGCAGCCAUCUAUAAGUGUAAAAGGGCCGGCAUCACUGUUCGAAUGGUGACAGGAGACAACAUCAACACAGCCCGAGCUAUUGCCACCAAGUGUGGUAUCCUGUCUCCCCACGAAAACUUCUUGUGCUUAGAGGGAAAAGAGUUCAACCGAAUGAUCCGGAAUGAGAAGGGCGAGGUGAUGCAGGAUCAGCUAGACAAAAUAUGGCCCAAUCUUCGGGUGCUGGCUCGUUCGUCCCCUACCGACAAGCACACCCUUGUGAAAGGCAUCAUUGACAGCACUGUGGGGGAACAUCGGCAGGUGGUGGCUGUUACUGGGGAUGGUACCAAUGAUGGGCCAGCCUUGAAGAAAGCAGACGUCGGCUUUGCCAUGGGCAUUGCCGGCACCGAUGUGGCAAAGGAAGCAUCAGACAUCAUUCUAACAGAUGACAACUUUACCAGCAUUGUCAAGGCAGUGAUGUGGGGUCGAAAUGUCUAUGAUAGCAUUUCCAAGUUUCUGCAGUUCCAGCUCACUGUCAAUGUGGUGGCCGUGAUUGUGGCCUUCACUGGGGCCUGUUUCACCCAGGAUUCCCCACUGAAAGCUGUGCAGAUGUUGUGGGUGAACCUGAUCAUGGAUACUUUUGCCUCCCUGGCCCUGGCUACUGAGCCACCCACAGAGUCACUGCUAUUGAGACAUCCCUAUGGCCGUGAUAAGCCGCUGAUCUCCAGGACUAUGAUGAAAAAUAUCCUGGGCCAUGCAAUUUUUCAGCUGAUCAUCAUCUUUACUCUUCUCUUUAUUGGUGAAAAGUUUUUUGACAUCGACAGUGGAAGGAAAGCCCCCUUAAAUUCCCCACCCACCCAACACUAUACCAUUAUAUUCAAUACCUUCGUGCUAAUGCAGCUCUUCAAUGAAAUCAAUGCCCGAAAAAUCCAUGGUGAGAGGAAUGUCUUUGAAGGCAUAUUCCGUAACCCCAUCUUCUGUACCGUGCUGAUAGGCACAUUUAUCACCCAGAUCCUGAUAGUGGAGUGUGGAGGCACCCCCUUUAGCUGCACCCAUCUUUCCAUGAGCCAGUGGUUUUGGUGUCUUUUCAUUGGGAUUGGAGAGCUGGUCUGGGGCCAGGUAAUCAAUACAGUGCCUACUUCAAAAUUGACUUUUUUGAAGGAAGCUGGACACGCCACGACCCAUGAAGAAAUCACUCAGAAAAAUCUGGCUUUGGGUCUGGAGGAAAUUGACCAUGGAGAAAUGGAACUGCGCCGUGGCCAGAUUCUCUGGUUUCGGGGCCUGAAUCGGAUCCAGACUCAGAUGGAGGUAAUUAACAGAUUCCAGAUGGCAGUCGGCUCUUAUCCUGGAGCCCUGAUGAGACAGAAUGCCCCGAGUCUGCAGGAUAUAAAACUUGUUUCUACCCCAACUUUUUACAAAGUAUUAAAAGCAUUCCGUAGCUCCCUCUUUGAAGGCCUUGAAAAACCUGAAACCCGAAGCUCUAUCCAUAACUUCAUGACCCAUCCCGAGUUCACCCUGGAAGAAGAUGAGCCAAGAACGCCACUCCUGGAUGGCAGUGAGGAGGAUGAAGGUAGCAAAGAGACUGGGACAGACAGAUUCCCCAAGGCCAGCGAGAGCAAAGAAUCCCCAUCCUUUCUAUCCAGCGAUGAAAACUACAACGCUUUGGACUCUAGCCCCGUGCACAUCACAAUUUCUAACUCAGACAGCACUUUACACAGCCUGGAGACAUCAGUUUGACUUUGAGAACUCUGGCUUCCAUCCCUGCUUUCUCCAUAUUUCCUCCCUUCUCUGCCCCUUUCAUGUGAUAUCCAUGUGAUAAUGGGCCUUGUCGUCAUGUCAAGUGCUCCUGUGGGUGCACCAUCCAUGGACUCCCAUCCAGCCAAUAGAGGAAAGAGCAGAAACAUCCAGGAAUCCCCCGAUUUGACUUUGAAUUGGAUUUUUGGGGUCAGGGGCUUCAUAGUUGAUGCAAGCAGUUCUGGGGUCUCCUCAUGUUGGGCUCUGUAAAUCAAUAGUGGUUUUUACUAGAAUUUUUUUUAAGAAAGGCAACAGCCCCUGUUAGUCCUCAAAUGAUUUCCUUCUUUGUGGGCACAAAACACAGGAAAACCUCUUGGCUCCUAAGUGCCGUUGUGAGCUGUUAGCUAAAUAAGGAUGUAGAGGGAGAAAAAUAUCUAUAAAAGGAAAUAAAGGAUUGGGGUGGGAAGGGAAGGGAGAAUGGGAUUUGCAGAAUCAGCCUAUUGACAAUGAUCAUUUUUAAACAAGUCUUCCAUUUUAAAAAUUUCUACUUAAGCUCCUUAGCUCUUUCAGGCCUUCCUUACCUAUCUCUCCUGAGUUCUUUUUAGCCCUUUCCUCCACUUUUCCCUUCCUCUUUUCUUAGUGGUAAUAAUUAAGAGAGCAGGGAAAACACUGAGUGAAUUGAGUGACCAAAUUUUAGUUUGGUUUGCCAAACCUCAGUUUGACUGAACUCCCUUCUGCCUCUGAAGCCAGGGGAGGCUUCAGUUAUGGUUUUUGAAACCAAUUUUAGUCCUGAAAGGACCACUUGAACAGUAAAGUAAACCAAGAAAUCUGGGUGUGUUGUAUGUAAUGUGCCUUCUCCUCCAAACUGCCAUGUGGUCAGAGAGAGGAGAGGCCAGUUUUUCAAUGUCAUGGAAGAAAGCCUUGACUUUGGAGGGGGUCAUACAUUUGAAUGGUUGGUAGCAUCUCCUGGGGCCCAAGCAGAAGGGGUGAGCUGGAUGUGAUCUUCCUCCAGCUGGUCAUGUUUUAAAGACCAGAAACUGGCAGAUCUUGGGCAAGACAGGCCCUUAGAGUGGAGAGAAUAACAUUGGGUUUUCUAUCGACCAGUCCUUGGUACUUGGAUUCUGCCAAGGCUUUGCCAACUGCAGGUGUCAGGACAGGUAAGAGGGUCGUGUUUAAGAAGCUCUCAAGGGAAGGUGAGGAAGAUUGUUCAAGUCAGAGUUGGGGGAGGGGGGGGGACUUGCUUCACAGGGUUGAGAAGAUCAGGGCCUAACCGCCCAAUUAAAAGCCUUGAAUCCAUCUCCUCUGACUCAGUCUGCAUCCUGAAAGUCCUGGGCCCUCUGAGGGGUGUCUAGUCUACCCCCCAACUUAGCUUAAAAACUUAUCAACUAGGUGCUCCAGUAGUAUUUGGCUAAUUAAGACAGCAAGAGGAGCUCAUCCUCUCACUCUUGGUUCUCCAACUCUACCCACCAUGACGUUUUUCAGUGAUGAGCUCUAAUUGCUGCCCAGUGAAGCCCUGUGCCUUUCUCCCUACCACCACUCCUGCCCUCAACACUGCCAGAAGUCUCCCCUUCUGGCCUGGAAAUCAGGACUUGGGGACUUUGCUGAGAGAUUUUUUUAUGCGUUCCUUAAAGGAUGAGAUGGAGCUGUGCUUUCUGAGAGCUCUAUUUUUACCCUUUUGCAUUGACUGAUACUUUUCUGUAUAUAGGGUCAGACCUAUCACUCAUACUUGCCACUUUCCAUCUCUAUUGGAUGAUGGAAACCCCACCAAGAAAAAGGGACAGAAGAAGGGAGGGAACCUCGAAGCUCUAAGAAACUGCCAAAUUGCCAAGAAUCCAAAUCACCAAAUGCUUUUCCAAUUGUGAGGAGAGGAUCUUCCUGUUCCAGCCCUUCCUCCAGAGCACCUCUCUGCCACUUUCCACUUGAGCUAUCUAACUUGGGAAAAAUAUGGAAAUCAUUACUUACUCAUGACCACAUUCCCCAACACUAUAUAAUCCAUCAGCCAAAGAAAUAAAAAAAAUUUGGUUUGGUUUUCAAAGGUUGUAUGCUUCAAUGAUCAUUUUUCUUAUAUUAAAUACUUUUUGGGGGGGUGGAAGUAGAAAAAAGGUCAAUUCACCCAAGGUGAUAUUAGAAGCUCACAUCUAUGUGUGUGCAUAUUUAAGAGAAACUGAUAGUUAAAUCAAAUCUUUAUUACCUCAGAUAUAUUUAAAAACAACUUUGGAGGCUACUUUUCCAUAUUUACUCCCUAAAGAGACUAAUAGGUGCCUGGCAGGGCAAUCAUGAGAGCCUUGUCUACUUUUUAAAAUCAAAGGAUUUUUGUGUUCUAGUUUCCAUAGAAGAGAGAGACUAUAUAAAUAUGCAAAAAUAGUUUUCUUUUGAUCAGAAACUCAUAUUUUUGAGUCAGCCAUAUGUAUUUUAUUUAAAAGGAUUAAAAAUCAAAUUGCUGUCAUGUAGCCCAGCUAAAGAGUUCAUGCAAACUAGCUGUUGGAUGUGACAGUGACUUAGUAUGUCUUUGCUUCUCAAAGCCAAUAAACCUUUUCCUUUCUCCAAAUAGCCAUCUUUGUACUUAAGAAAAAAUAAAAUUAAUUGGGUUAUGGAGAUGUUUUUAUGUAAAUUAUAUGGCUGGUUGAGUAAGAAGUUUUAAGUGUUUAUGUGCAUACUUUUUUAUGUAAAAUUGUUUUCUAGUUUCAGUGAAACAACUGGCAACAGAUAAAUAUGGCUUAAGUUAUUUAAGAAAAUUUCUUCUCUUCCCUCCCCCCCCAAAAAAAAAAAUAAAAAUAAAACAGUGCUUUAGAUUUCAAGUGGAUAGCAUAGGGUGGUAAGGGAUUUCUCUCUAGACAGGACAUAAUGGAUAAGGAGAGUCGUUAGUCUGCUAAUGGAAAGGGAAAACAUUUAGCAAGAAAUUGUCAGAAAAUGGAAUUAUCUCUUCAUGUAGUCAGAUUUCCAUUUCCUCUCAGCUCUGGGUUUUCAGAAAUUAGGAGCCUCUUGUUGGCUUUUGUUUUCUUGAAAGCAACUGGCAGAUUGGUACCAAAAACAACCUUUCUUCUAGUCUACUGGGCUGAUCUCUUUUAAAGUUGGCAAUUUCUGCAGUAUUUUUACUUUUUGUUUUCAUGAGUGUUUAAUAUUAAUACAUAGAACAUAGGAUUUUUUUUACAUGAGGAUCUAAAUGCCCCCCCCAGAAAGAUUUCAUGUUCAAUGAAGAAGGAAGGAUUUAUCCCAAAUGGGAAAAACACAAGUUGGUUCUUGUCAUGGUUGGAAGUCUUGGGGAACUGUCUGAACAGAACUCCUCCAGUCCUCUGGACAAUAUGGCUGAGGAGCUAUUCCCCUCUCCCUCACUUAGGAAUGGGAGAUUCACCUCAGAACCCCUUGGGUGGGGGGAACCUGGUGGACUCCUUUUAAUUCAAUUGAGGUUUUAAAUUCAACCUUUUUCAGUUUUUUACUUCUCCUCUCUUCCCCCUUCCCCAAGUCCUGGAAAGGAAAGCUUAUACAGUAGAAUUUCAAACCACUAAAACCUAGAAAAGGCCUUGGGGAGUGGAGCUUACACGUGCCAUGAGUCCUCCUAGAUGAAUCUUUUCCUCUUCCCCCAUAGUUGAGCCAGUCAGUGGCUGCAUUCAGGAAUAUCCUUGGUCCCACCCCCACCCCCUACUAUUUCUAAUGGGUCAUCCUUUUGGAAAAAAGAGGUCACCUGUAAACAUCCUUCAAUAACUCCAAGCUUCUUUCCCUUUCAGUGGGCCAAAUCCUUUUACUUUUAACAUUUUCCCAUCCCUUUCUUAAUUUUGCCCUUUGUCAGUUCUACCACAUCAUUUCUGGUUUUAAUCCAAAAGGAAGAUAUACCAAGAUGAGUUCAGUCACCCUCCCAUGACUAAAUUGGCCUUGUCAAACAUUUUCCAUAUCUAUAUGUAUAUAUGUAUCUGUAUAUAAAUAUAUGUGUGCCAAUGAAUCUAAUUCUUAGAUCUUUUGCGAGCAGUCCACAAAUAGGAGUUUUGAGUUUCUUUUGUUUCCCCAGUAACUCAUAGCAAGUGCUGGUAUUUUUGUAUAAAAAGGAAAAAACAAAACAAAAGACUUAAGUAUUUGUGGUAUGCAUGACUUAAAAAGUAAAUGGUGGUUUCAAAGCAAUAUGUAUCCUGGCGUGUGUGGCGAUGCUCUGCAGUUCUGCUUAACUGUGUACCCAGUCUGUACCUGCAGUCUAAUAAUAUUUAACCUCUAUGUACCAUGUUUUGCAUGUAUUUAUAUGGUUUUUUUUUGGGGGGGAGAUAGAAUGAACUGUCAACACUUCUGGGAACAUUAAAACUUAAACGAGACAGUUCACUGAGAUGAGAAGACUAAAAAAGAUUUUUUGAAAGAAAAGAAAAAUGAUAAUUUUAUUUAAAUUUGGGGGGAAACCCAUAAUGCUUUCUGCAGUGGAACAGAAACCAAUGCUGCUGUACACUGAGAAUAAAAACCCCACGUCCACUUCUAA